AUGGGGGAUGACGAAUUUAUGCAGAGGUUUGAGGUUCGCGCCCUUUCGAAUGAUGAUGUUAAAAGGUCGAUCCUAUACGCUGACGAAUUUCAAAAGAGUGUAUUGGGCAAAAAGCAUGAACAUAUUCUUUCCAAACCCGACAAAUAUCAUCUGGUCAGGCCGUACAGAUCGACGCCAGAUGGAGAUUUCCUGAGUCACGAUCUCUCGACAGCAUACGAAGAUGACGCCUUCGACUUUCAUCAGAUCCGAAGGCAUGCCGAGAGACGCCGAAAGCGAAGAGCAGUCUUCGGGGAAAAUUAUUUGGAAGACGAGGGAACGCUCGAGCAGAAAGUGUUUCAUUUUACGAUGGAAGCGUUUGGUACGAGGUUCACCAUCAAUGUGACGAGGGACAGGGAGCUCGUGUCGCCAAAUUUUGAAGUUUAUCGAUACCUGUCGAACGGAUCAGUUGUGAUCGAGAAACCAAACAUGAACUGUUUCUAUCGCGGUAAUGUGAUCGGAUCGGACCCAUCAUCUCCUUCAGUAGCAGUCAGCAACUGUCGUGGAAUGAGUGGAUUGAUCAAGGCUUUUGAUGAGGAAUACUUCAUAGAACCUCUAGAGCUGGUGGGUACGCAAUCCGAAACAUACAACUACACUGAUACCGGGCUCAUCCACGUCAUGUAUCGCAGCAAAGACGCGCACAGGAUAGAUGGAACGGGCGAUUUUGACUUGCACAAUGACGUCAUGUUUUCCGGCGCUCAGCUCCGGCGCCAAACCGCCAAACAGGCGGGACGCGCAACUCGCAGACGAUCAAAGCGGGCACCUCGACUCGUCACCAGGCAACACUACGUGGAAACCAUGGUAACCCUUGAUCUCAGCGUUCAUAGUUUCCAUGGAGAAGAUGCCAGUGCUGUAUACGUACUCACAAUUAUGAACAUCGUGAACAUGGUCUACGCUCAUCCAUCAUUGGAAGCUAAGAUUGAAUUCGUUAUCACAAGAUUCAACCUUCUCAACGAAGAGCUGUCCAAUCAAUUAGUGGCAGUCAACAACUCUGCCAGGAGUCUCUCGAACACUUGUCGCUUUGCAAGAGCUCAACGGAAAGUCAUCGACGACGAUGGUUCGGAAAAGUAUUUCGAUCACUCCAUCUUCUUAACUCGGACAACCUUUGGGCCGGCAGGAAUUGCCCCAAUGGGACUUAUGUGCUAUGUCUACUUCAGUUGCUCUCUCACGAAGGAUGAUGGGCUGGGAUCUGCGUUUGUCCUUGCCCACGAAGUGGGCCAUGUAUUGGGCAUGGAACACGAUGGAUCAGCACCCAUGGGUAACGAGUGUGUCGGGGAAGCUGACGGGUUUGCUAUCAUGGCACCCACCGUCAAAUCCACCCCUAAGGAUCAUUACUGGUCGGAAUGCAGCAAACAUGAACUUCAUUCCUAUUUAGCACAAUGGACAUGCCUAUGGGAUACCCCCUCUGGUGGUGCUCGAGCCAUUGGGAACGACCGGCCUGGGCGGAACUACACCAUGGAUCAACAGUGCAGAUUCCAGUUUGGCGACGCUUAUCAGAAAUGCCAUCACACCGAUGUAGAUUACUGCGUUGAACUCUUCUGCACCGCCCCCGAGCUGGACGGGGGCUGUUAUAUGAAAGGGCCACCGAUGGAUGGAACUUCGUGCGGAGUAGAUAGGGAAUGCGUUCAAGAGGUGUGUGUAUCGGCUAAGCCUGUAGAUGGAGGGUGGGGUGCCUGGAAGCCCUGGACCUCUUGCUCCUAUUCCUGUGGACUCGGGGUUCAAAGCCGUAGAAGAUACUGCAACAAUCCACCUCCCGAUCGUGGUGCAGAUUGCUCCGGUGAUUCAGUAGAAUAUCGACUGUGUAAUCUCCAGGUCUGCCCCGAUGGCAUCGCAGACAAGCAGCUGGAUCAGUGUCAGAAGUACGGGAGGAGAUUGGAUUUAACUCUGAAAGCAUACCAGAAUCCUGACCCUAGCAUGACAUGCAAGUUAUCUUGUGUAGCAGAAGAAACGGGAGAGAUAUGGGUUUCCAACAGUUUCGUAACAGAUGGGACCCCAGUUUCUUACACAUUUCCCGAAAUCAUAUGCAUCGAGGGGCAACCGAAGAGCAUUGGGUGUGAUGCUGAAAUGGGGUCGACGAAAUUCUGGGACAAGUGCGGAGUUUGUGAUGGACGAAAUGAAACAUGCGUUGAAGUCGUUACAGAUGUUGUUGAUGAGUCUCCAAAAUCAAACAAAUACCAAAAAUUAUUUACACUUACUCCGGGUAUGUGGGACAUGCGAGUGACGAAAACGGCAGCGUCAACCCACUUUCUUGCAUUAAAGAUCGAGGACAGUGGGAGGUAUGUACUGAAUCGUGGCAAACAACAGUCUCAUUCACAUGCCUUCAUUGAAUCCGGUGUUCGGUUUGUGUAUAGUGCCAAUGGCGAAGGAGAAACAUUGCUUAUGAAAGGACCCGUCCCGACUGUCACUCAUCUCAUGGCUUUCGCAUCGGGCGAUUCUCGACCGAUAAGUUACCAGAUUGAGAUGUACGAAGACUUUGGAGACGGUGGACCGGAAGUUCUUGAGGGUGAGGUCAUCGCACCGGAAGGACAGGAGGAGGCGGUAGAAGAACAAGUGGCAGAGGAGCCCCCAUUCACCCCAUCAAAUGAAUAUCUAUGGGAAGAUGUUGGAUGGACGGAUUGUUCAAAGGAUUGCGGAGGAGGUUACUCUUUCCAUCGAUUUAAGUGUACUCGAGUGAGAGACGGUAAGAAAGUGAAAUACAAGUUCUGCGGUCAGAGAGAUUACGACCCGAAAGCCGAGAGAGUGACAUGCAACGAGGAUCCAUGCCCUACAGAACCGGUCAGAGUCACAUAUGAUUGGCAUGUUACAGAAUGGAGUGAAUGCAGCGCCACGUGUGGGGGAAGUGCAUACAAAACGAGAGAAGUACAAUGUUUUCAGAUUAGAAAUGAUGAGCAGACACUUCACGACGAGGAAGCAUGUGGGAUAGCAAGUCGUCCGCUUGACGCACAACCAUGUGGUUUGGAGCCAUGUCCGAGUAGAUGGGUAAAAGGAACAUGGUCGGAGUGUUCUGCAAGUUGUGGACCCGGUGUCAAGCGACGAGAUGUUGUCUGCGAGGUACCGACGGGGGCGCUCGAGGAUGACUAUUUAUGUGCCGGAAUGGAACCGCCCAGCGCCAAGAAAUGUGAACUUGACGCUUGUGACGUAACUGCCUGUGAACUUGCUGACAGCGUAUUGUGUGAUCUAUCCAAGUUCGAAAUGUUCUGCGGAAUGCCGGGAUACGUGCAGAUUUGUUGUAAAACGUGCGAACAGUUAAGAGCCGAAAAUCCAUAGAUUCGUCCGUCAUCCAUAAACAAGAAUAUGGAACAGUGUUUUACAAGCGUAAAGGCUGUGUAGAUGAAAGAAGAAUUCACUCGAAGUACUUGUUUGACAGGAUGCUCCUUUUCAAUAUUUUAAACAUCUUUGGUUAAAGAAGAAAAUCACCAUGGUCAGCAGUCUUAAUAGCGCCAUCUCAAGUCUGCAACUACUCAGGCCAACAUAAUGCAACAUUCUGAACUAAGUAGUCUUGUAAUUUAGGCCCACUUGAAAGAUAACGCACUAAUUCACCACUCAAUACAUUCAUACCACACUAAUCAUGUUACCAAGUAGCAAAAUAAGUACUUUCCUGUCAUAAAACAUUUUAGUUUCUCUUUAUAAAUAAAAUUAUAGGCUAAUUCAUUUUCUGUAUUAAAGAUGAUUUUCAAGACUAGUUAUUUAAAACACAAAGAGUCCACACAAAGUAUUAGUCGGUCCGCUUCCCCUUUAAACCCAAAAGUCAGCAAUGCACCAUAAUGCAUUAGUAGAAAUCAUCGCGUAUGUUUUUUUUUCUAAGAUAUGUCUAAUGGUUUAACUUUGUGUUAACUCUGAUUUUAUUUGAUGCAAAAUCCUAUCUACCUUUUGCACGAUAGACUGAUACUAAGUGAAUUUUUUUUAAUCUAAGUUGAAAAUGUUUGUUUUAGAGUUAAACAAGGAUCAACGUCGAUGUAAUACCAAAUCAAUUUAUAAUUAUUAUCAGCUCCAAUUGUGAUGACAUUAGAUAACAUCAACAUUUGUUAACUACAACAAAGUAUUAUUAUGAAUGUUUCUCUAAUUUUCUUUUUGUAAAACAAGCUUUCGUGUUUUUAGUUGUUGAUUAGUAUGGAUUCAAUUAAAGAAGCCUUGACUAUAUAGAAUGAUUAAUCUUCCUUUUCUUUAUGAAAUAUGAUUAUUUUACAUCAAGGUAUAAUUAAUGUUACGAAGCAAUUAAUAAUCAUAUGCCAAAAUUUGUAUAUGCAUACAAAACACUGAACAACCUAAUAAUACACAAUACUUUUUUACAGAUUUUGUCUCAGACAAAAACAAUGCUGAGGUAUACCAUUCUAACAUGGUAACGAAUUCUUAAAGAUGGAUUGAGGUGAAAGAUAAUGUAAGUAAUAGUGCAAAACUAGAGCACAACUGAAUUAAAUUCUGAUACCACGUUCUUCUGACAGUACAAGAAUACUCUUCUUUUUUUAUUUCUUCUAAUAACAAAUACAUCUUGCUUUAUAAACUGCAGAAGGAAAGAAUUUGGAACUCUGUUUAGUUAGCACUUGUUGUUUUGUACUUUGGAUGUAUUGUAGAAAAUCCUUUUUUCUCAAGACGAAAUAACAGUGAUGCUGAUAUCGCGAGAAUUCCUCUUAAUACUGACCGAUCAGUUUGAUAUACUUAUUCCUAUGGAAUGUUGAUAAUGUUGACAAUAAUAUAUAUACCAACUAAAAUAUCGUUAGUGUAAAUCUUUGAAACGUUGGAUCAUUUUCGCUGCCUUCAGUAAAUAAAUGAAUUAAAUUUCAACAUUUUGUACUUAUUUUAUAAAUUAAAAUCAUAAACGUUUAA